AUGGUACAAAAGUUCACGAUAUUGUUUGCGCCCGUGGAAAGCGUGGGACACGUGAAUCCAUGUAUAGGUUUGGGUGAAGUACUGCUGAGUCGGGGCCACAAAGUGGUCUUUGCUGUCGACCAAUCAUUUGCAGGAAAAUUAUCGCCGUUUGGUUUCAUUGAAGAGAUUUUUACUUCAAACGAAACCAAAAGUCGUAAACCGGGAGAAAAUAUGGCCAUAGGUUUACUUGAGACGGGACUCUUGUCGGACAAAACGUCUUAUGAAUCGAUACAACUUCUGCUGAAUUGGCCCAUCUUUGAGGUUUUGAUGAACAAACUGAGAGCCAAUGAACCACAGCUUAAAGCAAUUGUAGACAAACAUAAUCCCGAUGUGUAUAUCAUCGACGACUUCGCCGCCUCUCCAACAUUAAUCCACUCAAACAAACCCUGGAUUUUCUUGUGUAGCGCUAAUCCAUUAUUUUGCCUAGAUGAUGAGUUGACUCCACCCAAUACUUCAGGCUACCCUUCAAAUGACCCAAAAGAUUGGGACAAAUACAGGGCAUUUAUGACAGACGCACACAAACGACGAAACAUUAUAUAUAAUGAAUGGAUGAAAGAGGAAGGAUAUCCCAUUAACACCGACAACACAUCCUUCCCGAUAUCGCCAUAUCUUAAUAUUUAUGGAUAUCCUGAAGAACUCGAUUACACAGACAUCCGACCCAUACCUCAGAAGUGGUUAAGAGUCGACACAUUUAUGAGAAGAGGAGAGAAACAAGAGUUUAAAAUUCCCGAUAAAUUUCGUGACAGAGAUAUAGAGAAAAAUAAAUUAAUUUACCUCUCAUUGGGUUCUAUGGGUUCAGCAAAUGUGGAUCUAAUGAAGAAAUUGGUGUCUAUUCUCAGCAAAAGUCAGCACAAGAUUAUUGUCUCGAAGGGAGUUCUCGGAGACACAUAUGAAUUGGCGGACAAUAUGUGGGGCGAGAACUCAGUUCCGCAGACAAAAGUGUUGCCA